AACUCACCUGCUAAAGGAAUUCGCUAUUGUUCAGAUUUUUAUGAAUUAUAAAUUAUGGUUGCUGAUUUUGAUUUCAAAUUAAAAUGGGACCCUAAGAAUUUAGAAAUAAAAACUAGAUCGGUUGAAAAAGCACUUGAGCCUUUGGUUAUUCAAGUGACAACUUUGGUAAAUUCAAAUGGUUUUUCUAACAAAAAAAAAGGUUGUUCAAAAAAGGCUGUAGUAUUAGUUGCUACUGUUGAAGAAGCAUUUAAAUUAUUUAUUGAAAAUGGGAAAACUAUUGCAAAAGACAACCCAGAGGCCAGCAAUGAAAUAAUGAAAGCUUUAGAUGAGGUAAAAUUAAAUGGUCAAAUAAUGAGUGAGGCAUCUCGAGAAUUUGCCGACGAUCCCUGCAGUUCACUUAAGAGGGCAUCUAUGGUUAAAUCUGCUAGAGCCUUACUUUCAUCUGUUACCAGGCUACUGAUCGUUGCGGAUAUGGUUGAUAUGUAUAAUCUGCUUAAAAGACUCAAAAAAGUGGAACAAGAUUUACAACACAUGAGAACCGUUAGCACUCAACAAGAAUUUAUCGACAGAUUCGCCAUUUUAGGUCAAAACAUCCAAAAUUUAUACGAAAAAGUUGGGGAAAGGCAAAAAGAUCUUAAAAAUCCCAAGGUUAGGGACUGCAUGGCUUCGGCCCGCGCCUCCCUUAAAAAGAAUCGGGAUAUGCUGUUUACAACUACCAAGGCUUAUUUGAGACAUCCCGAGAUCAGUGCAGCUAAGUCUAACAGGGACUACGUUUUGGACGAAAUGUUAAAAGCCAUAGAUUUGAUAGACAAGAUGACCCGCUUUCUGGAAGAGGAUUCCAGCGAAAGUUGCGAUGAAAAUUUUCAGAAUUUAAGCCUUUCACGCAAACUACCGCCAAAUCGGGGAUCUCACGAUAGGAACGAUGAUCAAAAUAACGGAAACAAGGGAGGAAGUUCUGGCGGGAAGAUAGGAGAUUUGGCCGCUGCUAUUGAGCGAUUUCAACAACAAAUCUCGGUCACUCCUAACCUGGUUAUAACAUCGGUUAAAACUCCUCACAAAUCGGCACACUAUCAAUUACAAUCAACGCUUGAAGAUAUUAUAUCGGGCGCCAUGGGUAUAGCUCAAUCACCUUCCACCAGGGACGAAACUCGGGAUCGAAUUCUGGAAGGUUGCGACAGGGUCAGGGAAGCUUUGCAAGAAUUGCUGACCGAAUUUAUGGGGGAGGACGGCGAUAAGAACAACCAAAAACUGGACCGCACUGCCGAAGAGUUGAAAGCCCAACUUAAGCGAGCCGUUGUAGAUCACGUGUCUGAUUCAUUCCUCGAAACUGGAGUUCCUCUUCUAAUUUUAGCGCGAGCUGCUACGGAAGGCGGAAGCGAGGCCGAAAUUAAGAGGGCUUGUGAUUUGUUUGAAGAACAUGCCAAAAAGCUUAUUCAGGUAGCGGAUCUGGCUUGUUCUCUGUCCACCCACGCAGAAGGGGUUCAAUUGGUUAGGCUUGCCUCCCGGGAACUCACGAGCCUGUACCCACAAGUUGUGAACGCCGCCAAAAUCGUGGCCCUCCGACCCAAUUCGAAGCCAGCCAAGGAAAAUUUCAAGGCCUUCAGUACAGCCUGGCAAACCCAAGUGAGGAUUCUGACUGAGGCCGUAGAUGAUAUAACAACGGUUCAGGACUUUUUGGCAGUUUCUGAGAACCACAUACUGGAAGACAUGGAUGCCUGUAUUCAAGCUUUCCGAAACGCGGAUCCAGACCGGUUGGACCGAUCAGCCGGCGCUAUCCGGGGUCGGACUCUGAGGGUAUGUGAGGUUGUUAGCGCCGAAAUGGACGGCGCUCAACAAGGGGCCCACGCUGACAGGGUCCUUGGCUGCGUCGAUACGCUUAGGAAUCAAUUGAUACCCUUCUUCUCGGACCGGGUUCGAACAGCACUCGCUUACCUAGGUGAUCACCCGCGACUUAAUUCCGAUCCAUCCGACAAUAACGUCAUUCAAAUCCCCGACGCAUUGGAUAACGACUUUAUCGAGGCCAACCGUUGCCUACUGGAUGGUGUACGAGACGUCCGGGAGAGCACGGAAAGGCGCUCUCUUUUAACAUCCCCCGCUUCUCCUAAUAGGGAAGAGAACAAUCUUUACUACGACAUGUACGACGAGUACAACGAAGCCGUUUAUGAGGAAAACGAGGAAGAGCAUUACGGAAAAGGUUUCGAAGAGGCAGGGAGACAUGGCAAAGAUACUAUGGCGAUAUCGAACGCGAACGAUAGGGCGAUAAUGAGACAGCUACCGGACGAGGCCAAGGCCAAGAUACAGAUGGAAAUCAAAUCUUUCCGUGAACAAAAGGCUAUACUCGACAGGGAAGUCAGUAAAUGGGAAGAUUCCGGAAACGAUAUUGUCGUCAUUGCUAAGCGAAUGUGCAUCAUUAUGAUGGAGAUGACCGAUUUCACGAGGGGCCGAGGACCUCUUAAAUCUACCAUGGACGUCAUCUCUGCUGCCCAAAAGAUCAGUGAAGUGGGUAAAGGUCUCGAUAAACUGGCACGCGCUAUAGCAGAUACUUGUCCCGAAUCAACUACCAAGCAAGACCUGCUUGCUUAUUUGCAGAGGCUGGACCUGUAUUGUCAGCAAUUGGCGAUAACCUCGAAGGUUAAGGCUGAUGUGACCAACGUAGGAGGCGAGAUCGUGGUUUCAGGGUUGGACAGCGUCACUUCUUUGAUUACGACCUCGAAGAAUCUCAUGAACACGGUGGUACUGAUCGUUAAAUCGUCAUACGUAGCGUCUACCAAGUACAGCAACAAAAGCCAUAGGGUCCUGUCCGUCGUUUGGCGAAUGAAGCCGCCAGAAAAAAAGCCUUUGAUCAGAGUUGACAAAUUUUCGGAAAGGAGUUUAACCGAAGAAGGCAAUAGAGCUAUCAUUAGGAGAGGCUCUAACAAGAGGAGAGAAGCUCCUAUCAAAGCUCUCAAUGAAUUUCAUCAAAAUUUUUGAAAAGUUCGUGUAAUUAUUUUUAUUAUCGACAAUAGUAAUAUUUUAAUCGUUUUUUAAAAAUUUAUUUACACGCCCUUUUCUAAUUUUUUUCCCUAGUAAAAUCUAUAAAAGCUUUUAAUUCACUCAUUUUUUGUAAUAUACAGAUACUAAUUUUGAAAUGUUUUCCAAUAAUUUUUGAUAUAAAAUAUAUUGUAAUAAUCAAGAUUUACCUAAAUAUUUUUAUUUAGCACAAAUGUUUAUAUAUGCUCAUAUCUACCUAGCAUUUCUAUAUUUUUAAAUAUUAUUUUUUUAAUGAAAUCUUUAUUUAUUUUGUAAAUUGCACUUAUAUCAUUUUAUAAGCUUAAAUUAUUUAUAACUAUUUUAACAUUAAAUGAACUAAUAUAUUAUUAUAUAUAUAUAUAUUAAUCAAAGUUUUAUAUCCCUGGUCUAG